AUGAGUAUAUCUCUCGAGGAUCUUGCGCCUGCUGUUCCCGUCGUCAGUAUCAGGGUCCCGGAAAGCUUCAGCUACGGACCUACUGUUCUUCAGCCAACUCUUCAAGAGUAUGAUGAAACGUCCAAGAAUGGAGGCUACUCAGACGCAAGUUCACGCACCUUCAAGGGUUUCGGCUUCAACACUAUCUUCAGGCCUUUGAGCCGAAAUCCAAAGACUAUUACGAAGUUUCCCAAGCCCCCAACCGACUCAAGCACCAGCAACCUCCUGCAACUCAACCUGACUGGUGAAACCCAAGUGUUCAGCGAGGUGCUACUUGAGCAUGUACCCAAUCGUGGUCUGUUCGAUCAGGCCGACAUUGACCUCAUUGGCCGGCCAUACACGCAGUCUAUUGUCGAUGCCAUGCCAAAUGAAGAUGGGACAGUGAACACAAACCCACCCGUCAUUCACUUCGAGCCUGGGCUGUGGAUGCGCGUGCCCCAGGUAGAGGACAUGCCCGAGCUUCCAGCCUCCUUCUGCCGCAUGGGUUCUAGUCCCCAUGGCACGACCAUCAACGCUCAAGGGUUUCAGCCAGCCCGUACUUCCAAAGGCGCACCCGACAUUGACGCCACUGAUAUCACUCCACUUGUAAUCCCGCAACUUGGCAUUCCCCCCAUCAAGCCUAAGAAAACUGUUACCGAACUGGAGAAGAAACGAUUCGAUAACCAAGACGCUCAUAAAGACACUACUCGUCGUCUUCCCCAAGAUCUCUCCAAAUUUAUUGCCAAUGGCACUAUCACCCAGGAGAUUAUCAAUGAUCCAAACACUAUCUUGAGACAGGCCAAUGUGGGCAAGGAUAUCAUCGAGAACACUAUGUUUAUCGUUUCGACUAAUGCUCCACCCGGUGUCUUUGGCGGCGGAACUUCGAACAUUGGAUUCAACAUCGGCUCAGAUGAGGGAAAAGAGAAAGACGCUUCGCGCGAGAAGAAAAGCGGAAAUGCUAACGCUGUCGACGUGACGGCUCAGUACUGGGUCUCCAAGAUCCGUGCUGAGAUUGAGCUUGAUCCUUCCAUGAGCGUUGGCCAGACUGUUUCUCCUGCUUCUCAAGGUCCCAGAGAUGCUGUGCCGGAGUUCUUCAAUGACGAAGACGUGGAGAUUCCAUCAUCCAAGAAGGUUGUCACUGUCGCUUAUGACCAGAUCCAGUACUCUCAGAUGGUGAUGCUUGAUUUCAAUGGACUUAAGUGGCCUCACGUUACCGUUGCGACUCUUGCUCCGAUUGUAAGCCUCAAGAAGCCAAUACUUUCUUCUGCUAUACAAUAUGUUAAGGAUUCGUCCAAAUGA